AUGGUCAGCCUCAACAAGUUAACGAGAGUCUGCUGGAAGAAUGUUCACGGCACUCGGCAGCUGUGGCUCCCUUCACGGGCUUUGCACAAGUCCGCGACCAGUGAGGCUCUGGGGAUCCCCGCAGCUGCACAGGCGGACAUGCCCGAGCUCCUCACGCGGGACGCGGCGGAACAGACUGCUGUGAGGAGCCUGCAGGAGAUGCCUGGCCCCAGCACUUGGGCCAACCUCGUCGAGUUCUUCUGGAGGGAUGGCUUUGCCAGAAUACACGAAAUACAGAUGGACCAUCAGAAGAAAUUUGGGAAAAUCUUCAAGUCGCGCUUUGGGCCACAGCUGGUGGUCUCCAUUGCGGACCGUGAGUUGGUUGCCCAGGUGCUGAGGGCAGAGGGUGUUGCACCACAGAGAGCCAACAUGGAGUCAUGGAAGGAGUACAGGGACAUGAGGGGCCGCUCCACUGGACUGAUCUCGGCAGAGGGAGAGGACUGGCUGAAGAUGCGCAGUGUUCUCAGACGACUCAUAAUGCGUCCACGAGAUGUUGCAGUCUUUUCCGAUGAUGUGAACGGUGUUGUAGAUGACCUGAUAAUGAGACUUGACAUCCUGCGCUCUCAGGAGCCCGACGGAGCCACUGUCUUCAACAUAAACGAUCUCUUCUUUAAAUACGCCAUGGAAGGAGUGGCAGCCAUUUUGUAUGAGUGUCGACUGGGCUGUCUGCAAAAUGAAAUUCCAAAAGAAACACAAGACUACAUAAGCGCUCUGCAUCUCAUGUUCAGCUCCUUCAAGACAACAAUGUACGCCGGGGCGAUUCCCAAAUGGCUCCGACCCAUCAUCCCCAAACCAUGGGAGGAGUUCUGCCUCUCUUGGGACGGCCUUUUCAGAUUCAGCCACAUUCACGUCGACAAGAGGCUUGCUCAAAUCAAGGCCCAGCUGGAGCGCGGAGAGGAGGUUAAGGGAGGGAUACUCACACAUUUACUCAUCACCAUGGAGAUGGACAUGGAGGAAAUCUACGCCAACGUGACGGAAAUGCUCCUGGCUGGAGUUGACACGACUUCUUUCACCCUUUCCUGGGCUGCUUAUUUAUUAGCACGUUACCCGCACAUACAGCAACAAAUCCAUACAGAAGUGGAGAACGUUAUAGGACCGGACAAAGUUGCUUCAGCUGAUGAUGUCCCCCAACUUCCUCUCAUCCGCGGCCUGGUCAAAGAGACGCUCCGGCUUUUUCCAGUUCUCCCAGGCAAUGGUCGAAUUACUCAAGAUGAUUUGGUGGUGGGCGGAUACUUCAUCCCUAAAGGGACACAGUUGGCCCUUUGUCAUUACUCAACCUCUCUGGAGGAAGAAAGCUUUGUGGAUGCAAUGGACUUCAGACCAGAUCGCUGGGUAAGAAAAGACACGACGGACCAUGUGGACAACUUUGGCUCCCUUCCUUUUGGCUACGGCAUCAGGAGCUGCAUUGGCAGGAGGAUUGCAGAGUUGGAAAUGCACCUUGCUCUUACCAGGAUUAUUCAGAAGUUUCGCAUUGACGUUUCUCCAAAGACUGAGUAUGUAAAAGCAAAAACCCACGGCCUGCUCUGCCCAGCGUCCCCCAUAAACCUCAAGGCGCUCUUGCUGCACGGCCGCGCCUUGCGAAUUAUUCUCGUAGCAAUAGGCCCUGUCAUUCCCGCGCGGGGCAUGCCCUUCCUACGCGGGGCUCGUCCAUCUCAAGCCGGGCAGGCGUCUGGCCGUCACACUGGCCACCCGGCACACGUGAUGACCCUCAUCGAAGACGGCUCCGUGAAUGUUUCGCACAAGCUACACUUCGAUAGUUGGAGAGAACUGUACGAUAUAAAUAAAUAA